AUGACGGAACACCACCACCUAGUUCAUCUACAAGCCGGACUAUUCGAUCCCCCCCAUCAAUUCGCGGCCCCUCCAGGCAUAAAACUUACCCAAGAACACCAUCCAACCACAACACCGGAGCAGCUUCAUGCCCGUAUUCGGGAUGCCACGAUCAUUAUCCUCAGCUACACACGCAUUGACGCAGAGGCCUUGUCCGAGGCGGUAUCUCCCAAACUCAAAUUAAUAGCUGUCACUGCCGUGGGAACAGACUCGGUGGAUCUGGAAGCUUGUCGCAAACGUGGCAUUCGAGUCACCAAUUGUCCGGGAUCAAAUGUGGAAGCAGUAUCGAACCAUGUCAUGGCCUUGUACUUUGCUGCAAGGAGAAAUAUAGUCCGCAUGGAUCGAGCGACUAAAAUUGGCACUUGGGUUAAAUUCCGUUCGUCGUUGUCAGAUGGAAUGGCGGAUAGAGAUGGAAACUGGUGUUUGACAUGCGAUGAAGAGGUUAUGGGUAUUCUGGGGUAUGGGUAUGUGGGUAAAAGAGUGGCGCAGAUGGCACAAGCUCUCGGAAUGAAGGUUUUGGUAGCAGGUCGAAAAGGCGAGGAAAGUCCUCCUACCAAUGGCGAUACCAAUAUUCAACGAACGGCUUUUGACGAAGUUCUCAAAAGGAGCACGGUUCUAGUCAUUGCCGUUCCUCGAAUCCCUGAGACUAUGAAUAUGAUCUCAACAGCCGAGUUUGCGAAAAUGUCAUGCAAAACAGUUCUCGUUAAUGUCGCCCGUGGAGGAAUCGUUGACGAGGUUGCUCUUUUGCAAGCGCUCAAAGACCGUACUAUUCAUGGCGCGGCAACAGAUGUUUUUGCCGUCGAACCUGCAUCUGCAGAGACGUCACCUUUGCUGGCAGAGGGCGUGGAUGAGUUGAACCUAACGGCAAGCCCUCAUUUGGCAUGGAACGCUGAUAAGACGGCGAAAAACUAUGCACGAAUGUCACCUGAAAAUGUCAUGAAUUUCCUGCUCGGUCAUCCGACAAAUAUCAUCGUAUAG